CUUCAGAGCUGUCCCUUGUUCUUCCUUGUUCAUUAUUCAUAAUAUCUACAUAAAUUAGAUAUGUUGAGGAAUCUAAAGAGGACUUUAAAUAGGUAGGAUGGAUAUAUUUGAAGUUUAAAGGAUGUGCAUAGAUUACAUGCCCUUUUAAAGACAAACAACACAAGCAUCUGAGGGUCUGGCUCCUGCAGAGUGGGGUGACAAGUCCUUCUUUUAAAAACCAUGGAGACCCUUGGCUUUGCAAAGAGUGAAGAAUUCUGUUUGGAGUUUAUUGAAAGAAUGUUUUAAAGAGCUGGUCUGAACAGAAAUGAUCAGAAGGAUGAAGGAGUCUUGAAGAUGGAGGAUCUUGUCUAGAAUUCUUAACUACUAGACUUGUUCUAAUUGUUGUUUCUGUUCUUUGUAGUUUAUCUCAGGUCUAUCACUAUUUUACAUGAACUUCUUGCGGAACAUCUCAUGGAUUCAGUACUUCAACAUUCCUCAUUAUGGAUUUACAGCUUUGCAGCACAGUGCAUUCCUGGGACAAAACUUCUGUCCAGAACAUAACACAGUAGAAGUCAGUAGAUGUCAUAACUAUGUAAUAUGUACUGGUGAAGAAUUUUUGAUGAUCCAGGGCAUUGAUCGCUCAUCAUGGGGCUUCUGGAAGAAUCAUGUGGCCUUAGCCUGUAUAACAAUUAUCUUCUUAUCAAUUACCUAUGUACAGUUAUUAGCUCUUAAGAAAAAGAGACAUUUUUAAAUCACUCUUCUACUUUCCUUGAAUUAAUUUGACAUUA